AUGAUGCCUGCUGAUGUCUGUCUCUUGAACAGGGAAUCCCAGUGGGCCUGGCUUGAGAUGGGAGGAUGUAAUAGCAAAAAAUCUUUAGUCCUGAGAUCUGAAACCCCAAAGAGAAACAGCAUGACAUCUGGAAGUUUGGAGUCAGUUAUACAACAAAAAUGCACAGUAUUGCGAGUUUCCCUGGACACUGGACAGACGGAGUCUACCUCCCAGAUCAAGUCUUUGAAGAUGUGCCUGAUGGAAGCAGAAGAAAAGGCUAAAGCUUUAGAGGAACAACUUGCAGUUUCUGAAGAAAUAAAAUCAAAAUUGCAAAAAGUUUCCCAGCUGAAGGAAAAACUAGAGGCUUUGAAUCAUAUGGAAGCCAGUGGAAUUAUAAAAAAUGUUCUUGUGAAAGACCAGUGUAUUGAGAAAUUGCAAGCUGAAGUAAAAGCUUCUCAGGAGCAACUUACAGCUCAUAAACUAAAGCCCAGAAAGAAAGUGAAAAAGCUACAAACUGAUUUGGCAACAGCCAAGCAAGAGGCUGCCAUCACAAUCCUGGAACUCAAUGAGUAGAUAAAGACUCUAUAUAAAUGAAAGCCAGCCCCUAGAG